AUGGGUCGCUGUAACAAACUCAACCCCCACGACUGCAUCUCCGACACGCCCUACUUUCGGGCCCAGUUGCAGCUGGUGGAGUCGAAUGUGUCCGAUCUUGAGUCCUCCAUCAAAGGCAUCUGCCGAUCGGCUCGGUCCUUGAUGGAAACCGGCACCGUGUACAUGAACCGCAACAAUGGAUUUGCCGAUGAGCUCCUGCGCUUUUCCGAGUAUGAGCGUAGUGGCACCGACUCCAUCGAGGCCGCUCUGGUUAAAUUUAGCCAGAACCUCCGCGAGCUCGAGCAGUUUCGCUCCCUCCUCAUCAACGAGACCGACCUCGUCCUCGUGCAGCCAGUCGAGAGCUUCCUGCAAAAUGAACUUGGCUCUGUCCAUCUCCAGGGCAUCCGGAAGACCUUCACACAGACCCAGUCACAGACGGAUCUCCUCAAGCGGGCUCUUGUGGACCAAGCCCACAGCGAGUCCUGGUAUGAUCCCUCUACCAUCAUCCCGAGCCCGCUGCCCCCGAUCACGGUGGAUGUCUCCUCGGUGACCAAGCGCCCGAGUCCCGGCAACGAGGUGGCCCCCACGGCGGCGGCGACCGCGGCGACCGCGGCGACGGCGGCCACUCCCGGCUCCCCUCCGCCCCUCCCGGCGAAGCCCACUAGCCCGCAUCCGGCGCACUUCACCCCGGCCGAUGGUGGGUCCAGCAGCAGUGGCAGCGGCUCGUCUCUGGCCUCAAGCACAUCCUCCUUCAGUGGAUCCAGCUCGUCCUCCUCGCAUUCGCUGUCAUCCACCGGGUCGAAUGGGUCCCUGUCGGAUGCGCCCCUCGCCGGGGGCCCGGGGCCGGGCACCGACACCGGGUACUUUGCCCCCCCUCCGGGGGGGAAGCCCUUCGCCGGCGGUGCCCCCCCACCGGCGGUUUCCCCCCGGAGCAACCGCGUGUCGGUGGCCAUUGCCAAGUUCAGCGGUUCGGACCCGGGCGCGGCAACGGCCCUGGGCGCUCCCCGGGGCGCUGUCCCGCCGCCGGUGGCCCCGAAGCCGAUUGUUCGGACCCCGGCCGGGGGGCCCGCCAAGCCGCCGCCGCCGCCGGUGGCCCCGAAGCCCACGGCCGAGGCCGGGCCCGACGCCGCCGGGUCCCCGGGCAAGCCGCCGGCCGGGUUUGCGGCCGCCAUCGCGGCGGUGGCCACGGCGCCGGCCGACUCGCCGCACCCGGCCGCGGUCACCGGUGCCGCGGCCGAAGACUCGGCCCCCAGCACGCAUAUCAUUUCCUCGGCCGGGUCUCUCUGGAGCGAGCUCGGCUUCUCCAAGGAGGGCUACCUGAACAAGCGUGCCCAACAGGGCGUCGCCAGCAUGAUGCAGUCGUGGGACCGACGCUUCUUCGCGAUCAAGAAUGAUUUGCUCAUUUACAUGAACCGCAACCGGCCGGACGAGUUCCCCACGGUGGCCAUCAACCUGACCAUCUGCACGGUGAAGCCGGUCGACCAGCCGGAUCGGCGCUUCCUCUUCCAAGUGAUCUCUCCCUACAAGUCUUACAUCCUCCAGGCCGACAGCGAGGCCGACAUGAACUCCUGGAUCCUGGCCAUCCAGGAGGCCAUCGGGAAUGCGCUGCAAAACUCCUCGGUCAACCCGGCAGACCUCAUCCCGCGCGAGGGCCGGCGGAAGCAGGACCGCGCGGUGCAGGACCCAUCCCUCCCAUCGCCGAUGGCCGUGGCCAUCCGCGCGGCCGAGCAGGCCAACAGCGCCUCGGUGCUUGCAUCGGCGCCCGGCAGCCAAACCAGCGAGGCGAGCGAGGUGCGCCCCGCGGCCGGGGCCUCGACCCCCGGGCGUCGGUUGAUUGGUGGAUCCUCCGGCGGCGGGUCGCUGCUGGCUUCGCUGGCAUCCGGCACGGUUGCCCCCUUCUUCGGUGGGGGUGGUAGCAGCAGCAGUGCCAGCCCGGCCCCGCCGCCGGUCGCCGUGGCGACCACGUCGACCGGUGUCGGUGCCCCGGGGUCCGGCGAUGCCGGUCCCUCUCGGCCGGCCCUGCCGACCAGCGUGCCGUCUCUCUCCUCCGGGGCCCUGCUGUCCUACCUGCAGGAGGUGGCCCCGGGGAAUGCGGACUGCGUGGACUGCGGCCGGAAUGCCCCGAAUUGGUGCAGCAUCAACCUCGGCGUGCUGGUGUGCAUCGAUUGCUCCGGGGUCCAUCGGUCGCUGGGCACGCACCUGUCCAAGGUCCGGUCGCUGACGCUGGACUCGUGGGAGCCGGAGCUGGUGCUGGUUUUCUCGCAGCUGGGCAACCGGUUUGUCAAUGGUCUGCUGAUGAACGGCGCGCCGAAGGGCAUGGAGCACGGCAUCAACGCCAACUCCACCAUCGCCGAGCGCGGCGAGUGGAUCCAGCGCAAGUACAAGGAUCGGGAGUUCUUCAACCCGCCGCUGGCGCGUGCCCAGGCUGACCAGAUCCUCCGCGACGUCCUCACUCGGAAUGGCGAUCUCCAGUCAAUGUUCACGGCUUUGGUGUGUGGUGCCUCGCCAACCUUGGGUGAUCCGAGCGCCGGCGGGUUGACGCCGCUGCAUUUGGCCGUGCGCACGGGCAACGCCGCGGCCCUGGAGCUUCUACUCCAGUGGACCCCGGGGGCUGUGACCGGCUCCGGGCGUGUGAUCGGCGGCGAGGCCGCGCCCACGACCCCCUCGGUGGUCGAUGUCUUCGAUGAUCAGGGCCGGACCCCGCUGUAUCAUGCCGUGGAGCUCGACUACAACCGAUUUGUCUUCAUCCUCGCCCGGCGCAAUGCCAACUUCAAACUCCAGGCUAGCAAUGGCAAGUUUUGA